UUGCCCAGGAGGAUCCAAUCCAAUGGUAAAACUGGAGGAUUUGUUUGUUGCGUUUUCGUACACAUGCACGUGAUGUUCUGAUCUGUUUGUUACGUUCGUCGAUUCGUGUUUUUAAUAUACGUAGUUUAUCGUAACUUGAUAACUCUUUCUCUUGCUACCGAAAUUUCUCCAGUUUUUUUUAAAAACUUUUUGUUCAAAUUUCCAUCGUUUUAGCAACUAUACCUACCUAGGUAUCUAUUUUUGAGGUGAAAUUGUGAUAAGCUACUUCGUGUUUUUGUUGGUGAAUUUUUAAAAAAUAACAGCGACCGUUGUUUGUAGUUGUGUUUGUGUUGUGUGUUUUCUAAUCACUGUUUAAUAUUUUUCCGAACUCGUUUAAUUUAUUGGAUUGUUCGCUGAAUAUGUUGGAUUGUUUCUAUUUCGGGGUCAAGGAGCAAAACGGGUCUUGAUCUUUCAAUAUUAGGAGAUUAGCGCCAUGAUUCCGAGAAAAAGACAAUGCUGGGAGUGAAAACAAUACUCCUAGAAAUUAUAGUGCUGUUGUUUCCUUAUGUGCAACCGCAAGAUAACAGAUGUUACUUGGAGAAUGGAGGAUCAGCGGAGAGCUUUUUUGUCAGCGAAGAUCUCUCGGUUGGAUCAUUCCUGGGAUCUCUAAAAAUCAUCGGAGAUGCAGGAGAAUUUGGUAACAUAGAAUUACAUCUAAAAGAAACCGAUAGUCCCGUAUCAAUAGCACCAUUCACAAAGAAUUUAUCUCUCGUUAAACAAUUAGAUAAAGAGGGCAUCGAAGGACCAGCUUCGGUAUUUAUAAACGUAAUAUGCGACAGGAAGAGAACCUUAGACCCGAGUUUCAUAAUCCCGGUGAAUAUUCGAGUGACAGAUGUGAACGAUAAUGCUCCGCAAUUCAUCAACGCUCCUUAUUUAUUAAAUGUUUCCGAAGUGACUGUUGUGGGCACCAGAGUGUUACAAGGUAUACGAGCCGUUGAUGCUGAUCAACAAGGUCCAUUUUCUACAGUCCAGUAUUCGGUGCUUCCAGGAUUGUAUUCGGAGUAUUUCUCAUUCGUAAAUGGUCUCGAAGGUACGCUGGUGUUGAGGAAACCAUUAGAUUAUGAGUCAUUACCAAACUUUACAAUUACCAUUAGAGCUCAGGAUCAAGGGAAUCCACCUCAAUACUCGGAUGCAAUUGUGUAUGUGAAUGUGAUCGAUGCCGAUGAUCAAAAUCCUAAAUUCGCCGAUGAUAGAUACGUGGCUACGUUGCCUGAUCAUGCGACGCAGGGCACCAGAUUACGCAUUUCUCCCAGAGAAAUAUCAGCUUAUGAUCAAGAUCUGGGCAUAAAGUCGCCGAUUUAUUAUAGUUUUAAUUCAGAAGGAUCGGAUUAUCGAUACUUUGAUAUUAAUAGAGAUACUGGAAGUAUUUUCGUCAAGAGGAAUAUUCCUGACGAUGAUUUUAUCCAACCAGCGGUUCUAGUAGUUAGGGCGACCCAAUUUGAUAAUGCUGAUAGGUACGCUUUGGCGACACUGACCAUCAGUAGACCUGGAACAUCUUUGCACGAUUUGCAAUUUUUGCACAAUCACUAUUUUGCUGCCAUAUUAGAAAAUGUUCCGGUCAACAGUGUAUUAUUAACAGUGAUAACAAAUAAGCCUCGUGACAAAAGACUGAAAUAUUGGUUAAGUAGUUAUACGGAUACUUUUAACGUGACUCCAAAUGGCGAUAUAAUUCUAAAAAGACCUGUUGACUAUGAAACUGUCGAUAACUACGGAUUUUUAGUUUACGCCACUGAUGGUUACGUGAAUACCAGCGCUUCGGUGAAUAUUUCAGUUCUUAAUGUGAACGACUGGGAUCCCAGAUUUCGAUACCCUCAGUAUGAAUUCUUCAUCCCAGACGUAGCACCUAAUCAAUUAACGCCUGGAACUGUUAUUGGAAAAGUUGAGGCUGCAGAUGGUGAUCGAGGUGAUCACGUUACUCUUUCUUUGAGAGGACCAUAUUCCAGAUUAUUUUCAAUUGAUGAUUCUGGAGAAAUAUCUGUCAGUGAUUUGAGCAAAGUGAAUAGCUCGACUGUGCAUCUUGUUGCUGUUGCUACAGAUUCUGGAAUACCUCCAAGACAGGCAUCGGUCCCUGUUAUUGUGCAUUUACCGGAAGCUGUUGUUUCGUCGGCUAGUCAGUGGGUGCCUCAAAACACUAGUUUUGCCAUAUUAGUGUCGUUCAUCAGUAUCUUAGGAGUUCUCGCUUUGAUCAUAGUAUUACUUAUUUUAUACAUACAAAAACAUAAAAAGCCAAAAAACGUGAAUGGAAACAAACUGGACAGUUUCUUCACCACAUCGCCUCCAAAACGUCUACCUCCUUUUGGUAAAGUCGAAAACCCAGUUUUUAAUGGAACGACAGAUUUCCGAAACACUACCACAUCCACAAGUCCUUUAUAUACAGCUACUGUUAAAAAAAAAGACUAUUUUCUAGGAACAUCUAGUAGAAACGGUCUGGCAAGAAAUGGUGUCCAAAGGACUUCUCCCCCUGUACCCCAGCGGCAUCAUAAAAUAGCACCCGCGCCUCCUCAAGUUCCUAAUUUAUCACGAACUCCGACUCCUCAGCAGACAUCUGUGUCGUCGAGAACACCAACUCCUAGUCCUCAAAGUAAUAAAUGUGGAAAUGACUUGUGGUCUAUUGGAUCAAUUCCAAGACGAGUGAAAAAGCUUAGUUGGGAUGACGAAGCUGACUGUUUUCAAAAAGGGACGAUGAAAUUGAAUCCUGACGUUAGUGUGACACCUUUGGUAAACGAGUGCAAAAGUUCGGAGCAUAUGAACUUGACCGUGUAUUUUUAAGGCAACGAACAAAUUUUGUUUUGUAAAUAAAAAAUGUAAAAAUGUUGUUAAUGUUAAUAAACCUAACUUUGAUGUUUUAUACCAAUGAAAAAACUGUGUUGUUUUUUUCUUCGAUAUAAUAGGUAGGUAAAUAUAUCUACCUACUUAUGUUUUUGUAAACUAAUAUUUUUUCUAUUGAAUUAUUCAAACUGUUUUUGUACUUCGUACCUACUUUAAAAUUAAAAUAAAUAAAGUUACGUAUGUGCAGUUUAUGUGUUGAAUUCAAAUAUUUUUAAAAUAAAUUAUUAAUAAAA